CUCAAAAUAAGCUUCAGGAAGUAAAUUGUCCUUAAUUUCCACUCUUUCAUCAAACAUAAGAAAAAAUGGCCACAAAUAAUCAGUGUAAUGUGGCAGUGAUUGAUCUACAAGACUUUCCAGGGCAAUCGAGGAAGAUGAUAGAGGCAUGCGAGGAAUUGGGUUGUUUCAGGAUCACCAACCACCAUCAAUUCCUCCCUCCAACACUGUCGGUGGAGAUGAGGGCGGUGAUUCGGUCACUCUUCGACCUUCCGGUUGAAAUCAAGCGGCGGAACACCGACGUCAUCUCCGGCAGUGGGUACAAGGCACCUAGCCAAAUAAAUCCUCAUUAUGAGGCCUUGGGCCUUUAUGAUAUAGCCUCUCAUGAAGCUGUUAAUGACUUUUGUUCUCUCUUAAAUGCCUCUCCUCACCAAAGAGAAACUAUACAAAUGUAUGCUCAAGCAAUACACAAGUUGGCUAUGGAUAUUGCUAGCAAGCUAGCUCAAGGUAUGGGGUUGGCUAGCUUUUCAUUUGAGGGAUGGCCUUGUCAAUUUAGGAUCAACAAAUACAACUUCAGCCCCGAGACUGUAAACUCCUCCGGUGUGCAAAUACACACCGAUUCAGGGUUCCUCACCAUACUUCAGGAGGAUGAAAACGUUGGCGGUCUUGAAGUCAUGGACAAGUCUGGCACAUUCGUUGCAGUGGAGCCUUUGCCGGGAACUCUUCUUGUCAAUCUCGGAGACAUUGCUAAGGUAUGGAGUAAUGGGAGAUUAUGCAAUGUGAAGCAUAGAGUAGUAUGCAAGGAACCAAGAACAAGAAUGUCAAUUGCUUCGUUUCUGUUGGGACCAAAGGAGGCAAAAGUGGAAGCCCCCACAGAAUUAGUGGAUUUCUCACACCCGCGCUUGUAUGUUCCUUUCUUUUACCUAGAUUACAGAAAUCUUCGAAUCUCGAAAGAGUUACAAGCUGGUGAAGCUCUUGAUUUUGUACGUGCCAACUCUGAAAAAGAACAUGUGCCAAAGCUUAAUAAAAGAAAGGAUUGAUGCACCAUUUCUAUUUACAUGAUAAGAAACUAGUGAAAUUGAACUUUGGGGAGCUUAAUUAUAUGGCUUCCUACUUAAUAAACAAUGUAUUAAAGACUGAUAGUUUAUUAGCUCCAAGUUGACCCUGUUCUAAUUUUGAAAAGGGUUGAACUCAAACUUCAGCUAUAAUGUUGUUUUUGUAUUGAAAACUUCAGCAAUAGCUUGAUUGGAAUUAUGUAUUACAAUAAGGCACUGGCUGACCUCGUGUUGGCUCAACUUACAUAAUUUGCUUACACUUUAUUAUAUAAUCUUUU